GUUUUUAUUUUCUGCUGCUAGAUUGUGUGCAUGAUUUUGCAAUAAAUUAAAAUUUCUUUGUUUGUGUUAAAUAAACCUGAUAAAAAUAUCAAAAUGUUUCAGUUUGGAUUCAACAUGUUCCAUGAAAUAUCGCGGCCCUUCAACAUGUCUUACAGAUGCUUCUCAGUGUCCAUGCUGCCAGGAAAUGAGAGACAGGAUGUUGAGAGAGGAGGCAAAAUAAUCAUGCCUCCGUCAGCACUGGAGCAGCUAACAAGAUUGAACAUAGAGUACCCCAUGAUCUUCAAACUGACCAACAAGAAGUCCAAGAGGUCCACUCACUGCGGAGUGCUGGAGUUUGUGGCAGAUGAGGGGAAAGUGUACUUGCCACACUGGAUGAUGGCCAAUCUGGUGAUGGAGGAGGGAACCCUGCUCCAGAUUGAGAGUGUGUCCCUGCCUGUCGCUACAUUCUCCAAGUUCAAACCUCUUUCCGAAGACUUCUUAGACAUAAGCAAUCCUAAAGCAGUACUGGAGAACUGCCUACGUAACUUCUCAUGCCUGACGACCGGUGACGUCAUCGCCAUCAAGUACAACUCCAAAGUGUACGAGCUGUGUGUGCUGGAAACCAAACCUGGAAAUGCUGUCAUCAUCAUAGAGUGUGAUAUGAACGUGGAAUUUGAAUCUCCCGUCGGCUACAAGGAAGAGGAGCGUACAAGUCAUGAAGCACAAAGCGAGGCUGAACAGGAUCCUGCUGCCCUGAUGCCUGAACCAAGCGGCUUCGUGCCUUUCAAGGGAGAAGGGAACAGGCUGGAUGGCAAGAAGAAGAAGCUAGUCAGUGAGAGUGAUUCUGAGCCAGCGGCUACAAGUCGACAGCCCUACGUCCGUGGCAUCCCGGACUACGAGUACGAGAUCGGAACCAUCCGGUUCAUCCGCACGCGCCCGUCCAGCGCGCGCGAGGAGACGCCCAUACAACCCUUCGAGGCCUUCAAAGGAGAGGGCUUCACGCUACGCACUGCCAAGUCCAACUAAUGUUUUACGCUGCAGACAAAGCCACGCUACCGCUGACCAUACAGCCUGGGAAAAAAGAAUAGAAAUAAUACGGGCGCCACCGUCACUUUUGUAUAAAAAAAGUAAGUGUUACUAUGAAAAAAAAAUGUCCCAUUUCUACUCUAUUUUUGCCAAGAUUUAUAAUUAUAGGGACUGAUACAGACGAAUAGAAAACCAACUGCGUCUUGUAUGCCCAUUGAAACAUCAGCGUGAAGUUCACGGACAAGAUGCAGUAUGUACCUCGCUAUCAGCCUUUAAGGGCCUCUCGCACUUGCGAUUUGCGGGCGAUUUGAAAGCGAAACGAAAAGUUCGCCGCGUCUAGAGUCGAGACGUCAUGCUGUAUUCAUCAGCAAAAUUAAUUUCUAUCCACUUUAGUUUAAGUCGAUAUUUGUAGUAGGUAGUUUAUUAUCUACGAAUGUGGACAAAUGGACAAGCAACAAUAAUGGCACCGUCGGAAGAUUCAAACACUAUUGCAAGGGAUAUCGCGGCGAACACGCUGCGCACUCGCGGCGAACUCGCUGCGCCUUCGCUUCGCUUUCAAGUCGCCCGCAAAUCGCAAGUGUGAUAAGGCCCUAAGUAAAAAAAAAUGGCGGUUGGCGUCGAGUGUGUACGGUCAGAGCGUGCGCGGUCUUUGUGUUAGGCGCUGCUGCCACCGAAAGCAAGUAAGCGACGAGCUAUCGGCAAUAGAAACGAACAAAAGAUGGAGAGACGCGACGAUAGCGCGAGUUAUAAGUUCGUCACCGAGCGAUGAACUAUAAAUCGCUCUCUCUCUCUUUUAUUCACACGGGAGCGACUAUCUUUUGUUCGUUUCUACCGCCGAUAGGUCAAAGCUUACUCGUUUUGGUGGGACUAGUUAAGGUGGCUGAAGGUUUCGUCACAUUGCAAUGGCAUAAUGGAGAGGGGCUUACGCCCCAUUGCAGUCUGAUGAAGCAAAGAUAUUGUUUGAUCUGAUUGGAUCAAGCCGUGAGUAGACGUAAGCUAAUGCUAAAUAACAAGAGACAAAAAUUUUAAGACACGAUUAUCUUCUUCAUAAAAAGGUUCCUAAACUUGAACCAAUUGAACCUGCAGGUUCAGGUUAGCUAUCAUGAACUCGAAAGUUUCUGUACCUAUCUCUAUAAUUCAGGCAGGCAAGUAUGGUCGCGCGAUAAUUGAUAAAACCUCUGGCCGUCCCUAUCGCACUUAUUAAUUGUGCGAUAGGGACGGCCUGAUAUUUUAUCGUCUAUCACGCGACCAUGCUACCCGUGCAAGAGUUGGAGGUCAAGACACUAAAAGCUACACUGACAAUGACAAUGUACACGUUAUUGCUGCAAAUUUUGAGACGCAACUAUGGGAAAGAGUGAGUGACAAAUAUAUGCAUCUCUUUCUUGUUUCAAAACUUGCAGGUGCAAUAAGAAAUUCAUGUUCUAAUGGUCCCCCAGGAUUACUAAAGUCCUCAUUCAAUCGGGACUAUUAAAAUAGCACCGUGUCUCAAGGUAGCUAUUGUUUUUAGGGCAGGUACAGACUGCUGUUUAUAAUAUGUUAACUGCACAUUGCCACCUCCUUUCCAUACAAAUAGCAGUAUGUCUGUACCGGCACUAAGUUCUAGAAGACAUCAAAAGCUCUAUGCAGGGCUGUCUAUCAUUUUUCACCAUAUCUGUCACGUUCUAAGAAGUAUAUAAGUGCGUAAGUGCACGCAUAUAUGACAAGUGACUAAAACAACUAUGAUAUCAAUGACAUGGCCACUGGUGUCAUAGUCAUAUGAAUGGAGAAAACAUGGGAUCCAUCCACGUUUAAUGUAUAAAAGGCCAAUAGUAACAUGUGUGGGAACAUUAUUUCUUGAACUAUCCUUUUUGGCAAUAUUAUUACCAUUCCAUGUUUGCGUUAUAUUUAUCGAAAAAUAAUAGUGAUAGAAAUAAUUUGUCAUACAUGCUGUGUAGCCGUUCCUAAGUAGAUUUUAUACAUACGUUGAAAGGGUUAUGCAUAAGCUUAUUAAUGUAUGGCUGUAUUGUAUUGAAAGAUUCUGUAAAAUAAAAAUACAUGUGAUCUCUA